AUGCUCUCCCCCCUCUCCCGCUCGCUGCGCACCGCUCCCCUCCAGCUGGGAAAGCGCUUCGCCCACUCUACAGGGAAGAAGACGCUUUUCCAGACUUGGUUCGCUGUUGAGGCAAUCCCCAUCUACGUCGUCGUCCUAGGCGCAGUCUCCGGUGCGGGGUGGUACCUAACCCGCUUAGCCCGAGGUCCCGACGUCAUCUGGGACAGGAAAAAUAACCCUACGCCUUGGAACAACGUUACACAGGAUAUGAACACUAAGAUGAUGGCUGUGAAUGCGAGGUUUGAUAAGAGUUGGGUUAGGGAUCGGCUUUAG